AUGGACUCUCUGAGCACUGUCCUGCCCACCAGCGAGGUCACCGAGCACAGGCUGGGCAACUCCUGCUCCCAGAUCCGAGAUGAGUUCCUCUCCGUGACGCUCCCCGUGAUGUACUCGCUGAUCUUCAUCGUCGGGCUGCUCAGCAACACCCUCGCGCUCUGGGUGUUCUCGUGCAGCGCGCAGCGCAGGACCUCCAUCACCGUGUACAUGAGGAACCUGGCGCUCUCCGACCUCUUGCUCUCCCUCUGCCUGCCCUUCCGCAUCGCCUUUCAGAACAAGAGCGAGCCCCGGAUCUUCUGCAAUGUGGUCGGGGCCUUCUUCUACCUCAACAUGUACGUCAGCAUCACAUUCCUCAGCCUGAUCAGCCUGGACCGCUACCUGAAGAUCAUCCGGCCCCUCCAGAAAUUCAAGAUCCACACCGUGUCCUGUAGCACCGUGGCCUCUGGGUUGGUUUGGUUGGUGCACUUAGCCUUCAUGAUGCCUUUCUUUUUUGAGACAAGAGAAGAAGGGCCCUGUGACUAUAAAUGCUUCCACUUCAGGAACAAAAGCACCACGGCAGCAGCCUUUAACAUGACCGCAGUAGUGAUUUUCUUUAUCCUGCUGCUGCUCUUCCUCUACUUUUAUGGCAAGAUAUUUGCCAAGCUCCACAGAGUCUCCUCGGUGAAGGCUCAGCAGCUGAACAAGAAGACCAGCAUGAGAGCCAUCACCAAGACCUUUGUAGUCCUGAUCAUCUUCAUUGUAUGCUUCACCCCCUACCACAUCGUCCGCGUCCCUUACAUCCUCGCGCAAGUCGAGGCCAUUUCUAGCCUGCCCUGGAAGCAGACCCUCCACCUCGCUAACGAGCUUGUGCUCUGCAUCUCAGCCCUCAACAGCUGCCUUGACCCAGUCGUCUUCUUCUUCUUGUCCAGCAGUUUCCGGAGGGCUGUGCUCUGCACCUUCCAGGGCAGGCUGAAGAGAGCUCUCAUGAGGAACCAGGGCAGGCUGAACCACAGCAGGUCCGUGACAGAAAUAUAGGCUUUACAGCAGGGCCGAGGUCCUG